CGACAAUUAACUCAAUUAAUUUUCAUUCAGUUCUUUUCAUUGUAACGAUUAACAAUCAACAACCAAACAAACGAAAACAAUUAUGUUCAAAUCAAUUGCUGUUCUUUGCCUUUUCUUGGCUGUUUCAUCAGCUCGACAAAUCACCACUACCAAAUGUGGUUCCGCCGCUGGUUCGGUCCAAAAUAUCAACGUCGAGCCCUGUGACUCCGAUGUCUGCGCUUUCAAGCCCAACAUGAAGGUCACAAUCACCGGUGAACUUGUCCCAACUGUUGCCGCUGCUGCUCCAACCCUUUCCGUCCAAGUUGAGGUCUCUGGUUUCUUCGUUGAAUAUCCUGGUCUCUCCAAAAACGCUUGUGAUUACCUCGCAUGUCCAUUGAAGGCCAAUGAGCCCAACAAGUUCAAAAUCGAGGUCGAAACUCUUGACUGGCUUCCACCCAUGGAAACUGACAUGCAAUUCCACAUGUACGCCUCAGACGGUGGUGAAGAAUUGGCCUGUGCUCAAGCCCGAAUCGCCGUUACUGCUUAAAUUGUUAUCGAAGGUCAUUAAUGGUUUUUAUUCAAUAGAUUAGAUUAACUUUUUAUGUUUUUAAAAUGAUUUAUUUUAUGACAAUUAAAUUGAUCUAAAAGUUGAUCAUUUGAAAAACUUAAA